CUCGUUGGACACUGUUGUCUUGCCACCACCCCCUUGAAGUCUCCUGGAAUGAGGUGGCAAGGCAAUCCAAAAAUGAGGUGCAUGCAAUCGAAAAAUGAGAUGCAUUAUUGGAGUGGUCUCAUUAAUAGUUGUACAACCAUGUCCCUGUCUGUAUGCAUCGUCUAUGGACGUACACGUAUCCGUGAAUCAGGAGAGCAAUGAAGCAAUUCUUGGCGGCUCGAUGAAUGGAACAUCUUCACAACGCAACGUCGUACGUCACAAGGCGCCACCCUCCGGUACGAGUGUCGCGUACAAAGCGGGGAUUGGGCACUAAUGUCGCGUCGAGUGUGCUGUUGACGGUGUAGCUCUCGAGCUCGUCUCGGAGAGCGAAAUAACUUUCCUUGGGUCUGUAGUCCUCGUCGAAUAGCAGGGGCCCUGAGACACACGUGCAGACAGACAGCACACGCCAUCACCGUUCCCACGCUGUAUAUUUCUCCCGUCUCUUCUCACAGGCCGGUGCGAACAGAUCCCUGUUGAGCCAUGAGGUUUUGUCCACAAAUCCCCAUGUCAUGAAUCCAGAACAGUUCGGUUCGCCCAAACAGACGCGCAUUAGAUGCUUGUAAACUCGCGCCUACGUCAACACUCAUACGUCUCAAGGGGUGCACCUUUUCCUUUGACACAGGCACAUAUACCUGCUGAUACUCCUUGACCUCGUCCCAGCCUGACCCCUCCGCGUCACAAUUUACAUACUUACCCUCUGUCCCCCAGUACCCACUGGCGACAUCUAUCUCGGUGAACUGACGGCAGCAAGACAUUACUAGACGCGUCCAGUGUCUACUCACUCACCUGGACUUGCAGUCCCAACGCACCGAGGCGUCGCAUGUUUUCUCUCAUGCCGUCAGCUAUUCUUUCCAGUCUCUCCUCGGUCGCCCCUUCACAUGACUGGUCAAAGUGGAACGCCGCCCGCCGAUUGAGGUGCGAUUGAAACCCAACUCCAUGCACAUGAAUGCCUCUUUGCUUAAAGGACUUCAUCAUGUUGUAGAGGGCGUCAGCCUUGCCCCUUGCGAAGUCGCCAUCCUCGGCUGUGCUCUCGAUAGCAUAAUCUGAGAGUUUGCGCAGCAGACGAAUGUAAUGCACCAGCUGUAGAGAAGGUGACAGAUGAAAGAGCACCGUUGUAGAAGAGUUUUAUGGGAUGAAAUGUUGUAUUGGAGUGUUUCUUGUCGGCCUCCUGCAGCGCCCUGUAGGCGGUCUGGAACGCCACCUCCACAUAGUCCCCGAUGGCCGACCUUCAUGGACAUCAUGAAUAUGGCACAAAGAAGCGAGUUCGAUGCAUGUUUACCAGGUGCAGGGCCGCAUCCUCCACCCUCCUGAAAAACAUGGGACACCACACCAAUGGACAUUUCUGGCAGAACAGUGGCUUUACCAGCCGCUAGCUCGGCAGGAUCUUGAUCGUCGUCCAGUGCUGUAGCUCAUACAUCAGACCGACAAAUCAGGCAGACGGCCAUUCACAGCUAACGAAAUUGCGAAGCAUCUCUUCUCUGUGCCGUACCUUCAUUCGCGACAUCCCACACAAACACUGUAUCCGCGUACUUCGGAGCUCUGUAGCGGGCCACCAUCUUCUCGAUGUGCGUGAUCAAUUGGUCCCUGAUGUCGUCUGGCGACAUUUGGGGAAGCCACUCUGCAAGGUUUCCAUACUGUACGUCUUUCUGAGCGCGGUUUCACACAAUGAGACAUUGAAUGGAGGGAUAAUUGCACACAACAGGGUAAGUGGAAGCUUCACACAACCAGGCGCCGCCUACCUCCUGAGGUACAUGAGGAUACAAGAGACAGUCCAGUGGCAGAUGCAGGUCACACACAUCUGUCUUCACACACCUACCCAGACAAGUGCAUGGAAGCGCGCCUUUUGCCUGUUUUCCACAGCUAGAUCCAUUACAAGGUCGCCUGCAAACAGAUCGACAGAUUCAUUACUCAUCUCCAUGUCUUGUGCGCAUCCAUCGACGCGCCUGACGCCUCACAGGGUGUGAAGUCAAAGGUGACAGGAUCGGUCCUCGUGAAUGACCAUUUGCAUUCUCGUUCCGGCGCGAUGAAUGAGAAGUCCUGUCGGACAAUUUUCUGGAACGCGGGCUCGCCCCCAUAUGUGCAACGUGGCCUGCCCUUGGCACCAACCUGAAUACGCACACACAUACCUGUGUAUUCGCGCUUGCGCACAUUGAAUAGCCAUACCGGAGCCUGGCAGAUCGCUGUGCCGACAGACAUGUUGGCUGCAAUCGCAGCAGCUUUCAACGAGCCGAGCCAUUCUCCGUCCAGCGGCAAGUCCGAUGCUGUCCACGUGCUUCCUGCCGCUCGCACGGAGCAAGGGCAGACGCUUUUUCCGUCGACACGUGGGGCCGCUUCUUUGUGGCCUACCAUUUUUGACUACUUCUAGCUCGACCGUGAAGUUAGUCUCCCAUGGUGGGCCUUCUCUGACUACUGUGGCCUCGAGUGUCAGCCGUUCCUCAAACAAGAAGCUGUGAUUGCUUUGCGCUGAAGUAUCUUCCGUAACGAAGGCACCCAUAAAGUGGCGUCCCAGAGCAGUAGCGGCGCUCGAUGCACCGAACAAGGAAAAAGGCAUUUCCGUGUCUGUGUGGUUGAAGACUUCUGUCCCAUUCGCGGCUCGGAUGGUGAACCUCACGUUCUUCACGGGCGGCUUGGUCAGGUAAUGGUCGUCAAGGAUGUCGGUCUGAGGGAAGGGGCGUGGCGCGCAGUCUCCCUCUGCGCAUUUGUGUCUGCGUACCUCCUCGGGUUCAGGAUGCAGAAUGAUGGUGAUGGCGUGUCCCCUGCCCUCAGGAGAAAUGAGCUGGAAGGGGCUGUGAGUGAUCGGCAUUGAGUUCUGCGCGACCGAGUAUGUGGGGAUCCACACACGUCAGGAGUGAGGGGCAAAAACAGUCGUCGCCUGUGCACCCACGUACCAUAAGGUGUCCGUCUUCGUCAAUAGCACAUACGGCGAAGACCUGUUUCUCCCGUGGAAUCGCCACAGGCUUUGUCUGUAGUUCUCGAACGGCAGCUACAGACAAAGCGUGUACAAGGUGCACAACUACUAGCAACUCCAGCCUUGCGCCACCCGGAGCGCGGCAAGCGAGACGCGAAGUGCCAAGCUGCCGCAUGAUUAACCUCCG